AUGUUUGAGUAUGAUGUUUUGAAGCAACUUUAAGGUGACCAUUACUUUUAUCUCUUUCAACGAUUUAACUUAAUCUAAUUGAUAGGACUUAAUCAUACUCCAGCUGUUUAUGAAUUUCAGGAGAGAAAAAACGGGGGCUAAAACUUCAUAGUAAUGAGAUUACUCGGAAAAAAUUUGGCUAAUUAGAAGAAGCUACUUGGCAGAAAAAUGACCAUUGAGUUAGCAGUACACUAUCUGUAUAACUUUGUGAUUGGUAAAGGCUAGGAGAAGAUGAAGGUGUACAUUGUUGAUUUCGGUCUAGCUAAGUAGCAUAUUCAAAAUGGAUUCCCCGUUCCAAUGAGAUCUCAAGCUGAUUUUAGAGGCACAAUUACAUUUGCCUCGCUUAAUGCACACUUAAAAAUUAUUUUCUAAAUGAAAUCCUUCCAUGGAAAAAUAGUAAAACAAACCGCAGUUUAUUCAUUCAUUUCUAUAGAUAGUGUUAAAGAUGAGGUAAAGGAUAUAAAAGCCAGAUGUCUUGGAAAUCCUGAAAAAUAUCUCUGGAUAACGAGCACCAAAAAUAUUUAAUAAGUUAAGGAUAUUUUCUAUCAUCUGAAGAAUCUAGAUUACUAUGAUGCUCCUAACUAUGCCUACAUAAGAAAUAAGUUAAUGGAGAUCAAAUUUAAUAACUAAAUAAGAAUCAUUCCUUAAAUUCUACCAACAUAUGUGUAACCUACAUAGUAUCAACAGUUCACUACGACUGCCCCAAAUGGACUGCAUAAUUAACCAAUUAUUUAUCAGAGAGGAACAAUAUACAACUCUCCUGCCCCUUAAUAAUAUAAUGUGUUAAACAACUAGCAAAAUUAUCAAGAUUCUCAAGUGUACUAGGUAAAAGAUCCUAGCUUUUAUUUAAAAGAAGAGAAUGAUACUCAUAAGAAAAUUUUAUUUUCGCCUCAACUAAUGCAAUAAACUUACAUCUAUCAACCUAAUUAUGAGGUGAAGAAUACUCAACCCAUUUACCUUUAGAUUGGAUAAUAAAUUAAGCAACCCUAAGUCACUAGCUAUCAGCAACCUCUCUAAUAGCAAAAUCAUUAUAACUAGAGUUAUCCUAAAUAGUAAAUUAUUCCACAAUAGAUAAAGAUUAUUAGAAGUCAGCCUCAGCAAUAAUAGACUGUGAUAUAUGAGCCUUUAUCAGUAAUUGAAGUGCCUCUUUAAAAGAGAAUGUAGCAUGAUAUUGUGGAUAUUCAGCCUCAAAGAUAGCAAAUUUGUACUCUAGUAGAGCCGGUCCAACAAUAUGAGAUUAUUGAUAAACCACCGAGUCCUAUGAUUUGUUAGAAUAUUGAAGAUAUAGAUAUAAGAUAAUUUUAGAAAUUGCUAACUGUAGAUGGAAGAAAAUAGUCUUAUCCUGUAAUCAAUUAAUCAAAUCUUUCAGCGACAUCUUAUCUUCCUAAGAAUUAAUUCAAAGCUUAUGAGAAGCCUGCAAAUCACUCCUCAUUAAAUAUGAUAUAACCAAAUAAUAUUUACUAAUAUGUUUAAAAUCAUGACUAGGAUAAAUGCUUCUAUUAAGAACCUUAACAGUUGAGAAGUGAGAAUAAUUAAAUUUAGCAAUAAAACUUUGACUGCUAAGAAUUCCUCAGAAGAGAUCCGAUUGAGAUAUAAUAUGAAAUUUUCGAUCAAGAAUAUUAGCAAUAACAAGCUAAUAUAAAAAAGAGAGAAUUGAAAUUGCUUGAGAAGAUUUAGAAUGAUUUGAGAAAGUAGCAAUAUGUUCAAAUCAAGAAGGACAUAAUGUAGUAGGAAUAGGAAAAACUAAAAAUGAAAUAGCAAUAGCAAUUUGAAACAGCAAAGAAUGAUAAAGUCAUUCAUAUGCAUACUCAUAACAUCAUAAAUAUAAGCUAACUUAACUAAAAUAUUCUAGAUCCAAAUAACUAAUAACAGUUACUAGAUAAUAUUUUUUAGCCUUUCAAUAACUCUGCACCUCAAAAAAGAUUCAAAGGAAAUAAUAGCAACAGCUAACUCUUCUCAAUUCAGAAAGAUGAGUCUAAGUUCGUCAAGAAAUAUGGAUAACAGUAGCUGCCAAAUAAUUGCAAUAAGAGCUAAGUUAACCAAAAUAAUAAAUAAAAUUAAUGA